ACGAUCGGCAUCGUCAGUCAUACUACAUGACGUGUCUGUGCUGGAUGUGUUUUCGUUAAUUUAGGAACAAACGCAAAGGUCUACUUUUGCCUCGCGGAGCAAAGCACAUGGAGCAGUCGGAAAAACAGUAUGCCGAGGCGGUCGCCCUGGAGGACAGGCACAGAAAGUACGCGGCACUGGUAAUGCUGGGAAUCCUCCUGGUAACUGCGGUCAUCAAGUACAACACGAUAAUCAAAAUGACAGCCGUGGCGGCACAAAAUGUGACAGUGAAUGAUACUGCGAUGAUCGACGAUGUCGACGACCCUUCAGCGGAGAUCCAACGUCCCUACCGGGGAGCAAAGAUGUCAAAAGCGCAAGUCAAAGAAUUCGCAAAGAAGAAAUCGAAGAGAAACAAACGCAGGAAGAAAAAGUACAUUGGACGACGCGUCAAGCUAUGCUCGGCCCUCAUCUUGUUUCUCAUGACAGUAGUAGGGUUGAUUUGCUAUUACAAGAAAUCUAUUAUAGAUAAAUUCGUGGGUCCUCCUAACAAAAAAAUCCGUUGCAAGGAGACCGACGUAGCUGCGCAGAAGACGGUUGAAGAACGGGCAGAGGAAAACCGAAAGUCAGAAAGCGACGAGCUAAAAGGUUUCGUCGAAAUGGACGACAUUAGUUUCAACAGGCGGGAUGUCUCCAAGGCGGUUCUGUGUCUGGCAGCGGUUGUAGUGAUUUUAGGAUUACUGUUUUACCUCGUAGACUUGGCGCUGUUCGUAAGCUCGUGGAAACCGUUUCCAGAGAAGCGUAGUUCAUGUCAAACAUCGGAUGCCGCGUCCACAGCGAAGAAAAGGCGCGCAUCAGAAAAGUCAUACAGGGAUGCCAUCGCUAAAGCGUGCGGAACCCUCGUGACGUUGCUGGCUUCGCUGGUCUUCACCUGGUGGUGUACCAGAGGCAUGGACGAGGGGAAGACAAAGAUGGAGGACGACAGAGGAGACGAGAGUGAAUGCAAGAAGCAGGUGGAAGUGGAAGAUAAGGAUGGCGGUGAAAGGGAGGUUGAAGAAGCCGUCGACGUGGACCUGGAAGACCAGGCAAAGAAUACGAAUAAGGAAGCAAAUGAAGAAGGUGAUGGUGAUGGAGUGUGUAGCGACAUUGCUAUCACGGAACAGGAUCGUGACGGUAAGAAGGUUGUGGGGCUCAACGGAGGAGUAGGAGCCGAGCCUAUGAGGGAGGACGCUGGUUCGGGAAUGGAAUUGGAAAAUCAUGAUGAGAACUUGGCAGAAGUAAUCCCAACGAACAAUGUAAUCGAUCAGGAGAGCGUCAAGUCCAUGGGUGUCCUCAAGGAGAGUAGUGACCGUGAGAACAACUAAAAGACGAGUUGAAGAAUGGAGGAAAGAUAGAACAGGUAGUUGG